GUGCUAGGAAUCUGCUUCUCGAUAUUCGGCAACUUGUUGAUAGCUGUAUCUCUCAAUCUCCAGAAGCUUGCUCACACAAAAUUAAGCCAGACUCAAUACCACUGCAACGAUGCUGACAGUCUGUGUCGAAACUCUUCUCAUUACUUGAAGAGCCCUUGGUGGUGGGCUGGGACCAUGCUCAUGACUGUUGGAGAAUGUGGUAAUUUUAUUGCUUAUGGUCUUGCUCCAGUCUAUAUCGUUUCUCCAUUGGGAAUUGUCACCAUAAUAUCCAACACAACAAUUGCUCCUUUUGUUUUCAAAGAACCUAUAAAAUCAAAUGAACUACUUGGAACUAUGUUCGCUGCCAUGGGGGUACUCUUUGUCAUAUUAUCCUCUCUUAAAGUCAAUCGUGAAAUCUCCCCUGAACCUGCGCCAGAAAUAGACCCAUUGGACUACAUUUCUUCAAUAAUUUUUUCAAUCACCUAUUUGCUUUAUCUUCUUGCAACUUUGGUAUUGAUUAGAAAAGAUCUCUCAUAUCACAAUAUACCUGCAUCUCUUAAGAAUCAAUAUGUUCUUUUAAAUUUAUUUCUUGUUGCUAUCUUUGGCUCUCAUACCGCAAUAUCUACCAAGUGUCUUUCUACAAUAUUGAGCUUUUCUAGAGAUUAUCGAUCCAUUUUUUCAAAUUUUUUGGUAUACUAUUUACUUAUAAAUCUUCUUUCCACAGCUCUUCUUCAAGUCAAGCAUUUAAAUGACUCCCUAAGAGUUGAAAGCUCCAGCAAAAUAGUCCCUUUACAUUUUGUUUGUUUCACUAUAACCGUUUUAAUCUGCUCGACCAUUUUAUUCAAAGAUUAUAAAGAUAAAUCUAUUUAUCAAUACUUGUUAUUUUUACUAGGUUGUCUCUUAACUUUUUUUGGUGUUUUUUUAAUAUCA